UUCAAUGAUACCGAUUGACGAUGCAUUUGGUAACAAGACAAACACAGCUUCUUUUCUAAACACGUGGCUCCCGAUGCUUCCAGCGGCUGCUGAAACGAUGAUGUCAUCACUGAUUGUUCAGCAGAAAGCAAAGAAUCCUUCUCCCGUGGGUAACUUUCUUCAAGUGCAACGUCAAAUAUGCGAACCGUGGAACGAAACGUAUAUGGAGCGUCAUGAUUUGGAGAGGUACAUGUUCACGCACGCAAUUUGCAGCACGAACUUCACGGCCAUUAUUCAAGAACUAAUGACAGAUUCAAACACUGUGAAAGACCUCGAAACAUCUCAAGAAGCGAAACAUUUUGCCGGGGAAAUGUACAAUUUGGUCAAGAGACUCACAACUACAAAGGGGUCACUAGUAAAUUCCACGGAUCAGCGACAUUCCAUAAGCGACGACGUCUCGUUCCUCUCUCCGUGGGAAACAUUUAACAUCAACAGAGCUCUACUGGACGCACGGACGUCCGACAGUGUCGCCGUUGAGAGAGGAAUUGUCGCCCUCAUUCAGAUGAGAAAACUGUUGAGCUUCUUGGACGACAAAACUGCAUGGGAAACGUUAUCUAAGUUCACAAAGUUGUUGCUAGCAAGAGGACAGCUCAGCGCUGCGCAACUGUACGAGGAAAUUAGGAAGUUCUAUCAUUACGCUAUGCUUGCCUCGGAAUCACGAACAGAAGAUUCUGACUUGCUAGUGAGCAUUUUCACUAUGGACAAGUGGAAUGACUACAAAGAAACCAUGCGAGCCAUAAAUGCUAGCCAGGUGCGAGAUCGCGUAAGUGUGGACACUGAAUGGAUCCAACAGAUGCCAGAAGCGAAACUUGCUUUUUCGCUCGAGGAAAUGGACAGGCUUGCUGAAGAGAUGGCCGCGGGUUAUCAGGGCGACGGCAACGACACGGUGAGACUCCUGAAUGACGAGCAAGUCAGCACGACAGUUACCAGCUUCCUAGACGGUUAUGCGAGCAGGCCCAUGCACAGUGCGAUGCGUCUAUUUCUAAGCAUGAUGUGGAUGGUGCACCACAACGCAGUCAACGCGCCUCUGUGGAAUUCUGCGGUCCCCGUACUGCUAGACCUCGCUGCGAGUCUCAACUCCUACUUCGAGCAAUUGCCCUCAGAAAAUGCUUACGUUGCACAAAGAAGAACGGCUUCAUGUCCAAGAUGCUUCGGCUCCGACAUCCUUGACGAAAAACAAGAGCUCUUAAGGCGACUGGUUUCGCAGAAGUCGUUCAACAGUCCAGCAGAACUCGUUCGCUUUUUCUCCCUCAUUCUUAACGUUACAGAUGACUACUUUUGCGAACAGAACCAAAGUGCCCCCUAUGCUGCCAUUUUAGAUAUUGUGUCCGAUCGUCUUCAAGAUUUUCCAGAGCCGGAAGAGCUGAUAUGUGCCCUUCCAAAUAAAACCGCCACGAACGCCUACAAAUGGCUUUCUCACAGACUUGGUCUCCGAAAUUUCAUCUCAAAGCUUCGAAUGGCCAUCAAGUACCCCAAUACACCUCAUCAGCAAAAAUGCAAGACCAUUGCCGGUGUUCUUGCAGCUGGUGGGAACAUCAUGGAUAAGUAUGUCAGUGAGCUCACAGAGGACUAUUAUUACCAAAAGCUCGAACCUUGCAUUGAUGAGUACCAUAAUGGAACGCUCAAAGACAGCGUCGAAAGGUACGUAACUCUCACCAGACAUCUGUUCGAUCUUGCCAAGGAGCUUCUUCUGAAGAGAAGCAGUCAAGAUGAGUCUCUGCUUCAGUUCCUCGUAAACAAGGUCGCCGGCGAACUACCUGUUUAUACAACGUUACCAGAAAUCGUUAGUAUCAAGAUGCUGAACGAAACAUUGCCUGGAGGAGCGAGCUCAUGGGAGGACGUGAUCGAAAGUGCUGUCAUAAAUCUGAAUUGGUUGGUUCGUCAUAACUUCUCGCAAGAAUCGUUUCAAGAGGCAUUUUGUAGCAGCGCAGAAAGGCGUUUGCUCGCGUACAAGUCCCAGGAGGGACAAGAUCUGUGCGACACUGAUUUUGUGGAAGCAAUUGCUCGAUCUGUGUUCAACGCAUCUGGUAUUGCGAAACAGGUUAUGGAAGCACAGAACAAGGCAUUCUAUGCAGCGAAGUGGCUGGACAAAAUCCUGAAGGGUGCGACCACGCUGUGGGAUGCCAUGUCCAAGCUUCUGCGGUCGACCAAAGCUCUUUCACUUGACACUUCGGGCGACAACGUGGCCGACACACUGUCCUCUGUUAUAACGUUACUCGACGACAGCGUCCUCAAGGAGCUUAUAAGCAGCUUGGACAAAGUGCAGGAGAUAAUAGAAGCGAUUUUUCCUGGAGGCUCUAUUGAGGAAUACGUCAACCUGAUUACUCAAGGGCUCAGAGGCGUCGAAAAACUAGGCGAGAGUGGCCUGUUCCACCUAACAUACACCGUCCAGGACACAUUUUCUGAUAAGGAGAGGGCCAAGAAAAUAAUAAAAAGGGAGCUGAACUUGCCCCAAGACCAGCUUGACAAAGUGCUGAAGCAACCUCUGGACAUCGAUACGCUCGCCAGGAAUGACGGCAUUAACAACGUCGUGGCAACUGCCAUCUGCAACGCCGUCGAAAGCCAACCAAGUGUUUCCGGUCCUCGCAACAAGGAUUUCAUGGCACUUUGCACUCCCGCCUUGUCUUCAGAAAUUGACUAUCGGCCAUUUCCCGACCUCACAAUGUCGAAGGUCAUCAAAAAUUUUGCAGACGCUGUAUUUGAUGGCGUACUGCGGGCAUCGAACCUCAGUAAGGAAGUGGUGAUGUCCGCCUUGAAAGCACUUAGUACGGCACCGCAAGUCGUUCCAGUGAUAAGGGAAAAGUUGUCACUUCUUUCUGAAGCUCUGGAUCCAAAGACCGCAAAAGCACUGUCCGACCUCAACAUCACUCAAGAUGGCAUCAGCGUGUUGACAAGUCCAGCUGCGCUGAGCCUCGUGGGCCAGCUGCUUUGUGGUUCACCCCUCAAAGCACUUGAAGACCAAUUUUAUCUCCUAGAACCUUCGUCUCGUGAGCCAACACUUGACGUGCAGGAAAUAGAAGAACUGCCUAGCAAGUUUUGUCGUCGUGGCUAUGAACAAGUGAUGAGGAUGUCCGGCGGCCCCAUCAUCUGGGGAUUCCUCAAGCCCAUUCUGCGAGGCCAGAUACUGUAUGCGCCGAGAUCGCCAGCUGCUUUCCAAAUCAUGCAAGAGGUGAACAAGACGUUCGAGUCCAUGUCUUUUAUCAUCGACGCUCUUCAUGUGUGGAGCGAGGGAACAAUUGGGCUGAAAUUUCUGACAAAAGAAAAUGGACCAGUGACAAAAUUAAAGGAGCUGAUUGCAUCGAAGAGUCUACAGCCCCUUGCCAAGGACAUGCUUGGCGAUGAUGUGUAUGCUUUUCUCACGGACCUCAACGUUAAGGAACUGCGUCAUGAAUUCGGCGACCUUGGAGGAUUGCUUGACCUUGUGCAGCUUGUAGGAAGUAUCUCUCAGUGUUUUGAGCUUGACAGGUUCAAGCAGCAUAACACUGAAGAAGAACUGGUGAAGGCUGCCAUGCAUCUUGGUGCCCGAAGAGAGUUUAUACUAGCCGUUGUCUUCCUCAACCUGGAUACAAAUAUGGGCCUACGUCUGGAGAAUGGAUCCAUGGUGAAAUCGUUGCUGCCUCCAGAUGUUCAAUACAAGAUAAGAAUGGACAUCGACAACGUGCCUCUAACAAAAACUGUUAAAUCCAGGUUCUGGCAACCAGGUGCAAAUGAUGACUUUUUGGAUGAUAUGCGAUACCUACGAGGCUUUGCACACUUUCAGGAGCUCAUAGACAAGGCGAUCACCAAGAUGCACGUGGGAAAGUCAUUUGACUACCCUCCAAGCUACCUGCAGCAGUUCCCUUAUCCCUGCUACAUAAAGGAUUCAGUGGGAUAUUACAUCAAGGCAAUGUUACCACUGGUAUUCACAUUAGCCUGGAUUUUCCUGGUGGCCUUCUUUGUACGAGAAAGGGUUCUGCCAAAAGAAUUGCACUUAGAAGAAAUUAUGCAGGUUAUGGGCCUGAAAUCAUGGAUUGACUGGAGUGCAUGGUUCCUGAUCAGCAUAUCUAUUUCCAUUGGCAUUGUCGCAUGCACAACUGUCAUCUUGUGCUAUGGAGGCAUUUUACCAUACAGCAAUCCUCUCCUCCUCUUCAUUUUCUACGGAACCUUUGCACUCUCAGUGCUCAUGUUUUGCUACAUGAUCAGCAUAUUCUUCCAGUCAGCUACUGUGGCUUCACUGACUGGAAUAGUGGGAUACUUGAUCAGCUUCCUGCCCUUUGUGAUAGCUGUAUCUAUGGAAGCAACCUUUUCACUAAAACAAAAGCUCCUUCUAUGUUUGUCCAUGUCGACAUCAUUUAGCUAUGGCUGCCUCUACAUCAGUAGAUUUGAAGAACAAGGCUUAGGUGUGCAAUGGGAAUACCUGUGGCAAAGCCCAAUUCCAGGAGACACCAUGAACAUGGGAUACUGUAUUAUCAUGAUGACAAUCGACAGCUUGGUGUACUUCAUCAUAGCACUUAUAAUGUCGAAUGUAUUUUUAGGUGAAAAGGCAUCAUUCUCUAGAAGAAAACUACUGGCCUUUUUCUCAACCAAGAACAGUGGUUCAACAUCACAAUACUACUUACAAAAUGGUGUAAACGGCAGCACCAAACCACAUUUUCUCAAAGCUCCCUGCAUUCUGAAUGACAAAGUGCCAAUGGCAUCAACUGGCAUAUCUAUACAGGACUUGUGUAUUGCCUACAACAGUGGGAAGGCUGCAGAGCGAAUAGCUGUGUCCCAUUUGUCCCUUAAUUUUGAUGAAGGCCACAUCAACACACUUCUCGGCCAGAACGGUGCAGGAAAGACCAGCACAAUAAAAGUACUGACUGGACAACACUCUGCAACCUCUGGUGAAGUGUACGUGUACGGGAGCAACGUCAACAAUGCGGCAAAGGAAAUCAGGAAGUACUUGGGCUAUUGUCCUCAGUACAACACACUAUAUGGAAAGCUUACUGUCAAAGAACAUCUUAUUUUCUUUGGCAAUCUUAAAGAACUGCUGUCACCUGAGGAAGUGGAAGAAGAUGUUGAAAGGUUGAUACGACAAAUGGGUCUGAAGCACAUGGAAAAUGAGCAGGCAUGCCAUCUCUCUGGAGGCCUCCAGCGAAGGCUGUGUGUUGCCUUCUCCUUUGUAGGGGGCUCAAAACUUGUCAUUUUGGAUGAGCCCACAAGUAGUGUGGAUCCAAUGGCACGCCGAAACAUAUGGGACCUCAUAUUAAAGCACAAACACGACCGCACGAUCCUGCUCACAACUCACCACAUGGAUGAAGCCGACGUGCUCAGUGACAAAGUUGCAAUUAUUCACAAGGGAAAACUGCUGUGUGAAGGCUCUCCACUUGUACUAAAGAGCAAGUUUGGCUUCGGCUACAAGCUAUCAUUGACAAGAACCUGCUCGGAGCCUAACAAGGACAGUGACUCUGGACACUCAUCGAAUGUGUCAAGAACAAGUGUUGAUGAUGAUUCUUCUGACAUUGAGGGCAUCCUUCAUGUUAUCAGAGGCAUUGUUCCACCAGCUAAAGUCAUAGAAAACAAUGGUGGAGAGGUGGUGAUCAGCCUCCCUCAACGAGAUCCGGAAAAGAACAACCUCUACUCCUUCUCCCACCUCCUUUCACUACUUGACGAACGCAUGCUUGAGUUUGGAUUUGGAAACUAUGGUCUCUCAAGCACAACACUUGAAGAAGUGUUUCUUUCGUUAUGUGCCAUAUGCGAUGCAGGCAAACCAGUGCAGCCAGGCCUUGCACUGCCUACUACAGUGAAAUAUGGAAUUACUGGCAGACGUGACAAGCUUCAUCACAUAGAUGUCACACUAGAAUGCCCCGACUUCAUGCAUACUUUAGGAACUGCGCACCCUCUGUCGGGACGCAAACUAAAAGCAAGCCAAUUCAAAGCACUUAUCCUGAAACGUUUCUACCACACCGUGAACAACUGGAAGGCAAUAUUCUUUAGCAUUGUGCUUCCAUGCACAUUCAUUGCCAUUGCCAUGGGCUUCACUAUGAUUGCACCAGGAACUGUACCUGAGCCAUCACUGAGGCUAACAACGCAGCUAUACGGGCCCGGAGCAGUUGGUUUCAUAAGUGAGAUCCCACCGACCGAUGCGUCAAGAAGGAUGCUAUCUUUUCCUGGAGUAGGUCCAUCCUGUCUAGAAAGAAAUGCACCACAGUCGCAGUGCAUGAGCAUUACUGGAAUGACAAGUGAUGCCACGGAUAUACCGAAAGGAACACUCCAUUACACCUGUGACACUUCAGAAAUUCAAGAAGAAUGGGAAGAUGUGCCAAGUAUUAUGACAGAGACCACUGAUGUUGUGUACAAUGUCACGGGAUUGAACAUACCAAAUUAUCUCCUAACAUCAUUCCCAGCAUUCAUAGAAAGAAGGUAUGGAGGCUGGACCUUUGAAAAGAAGCAGGUAAAAGUAUGGUAUGACAACACGGGCUUUCAUUCGAUGCCUGCAUAUCAAAAUGCACUCAGCAACGCUAUUCUCAGGUCUGCCAUCAGCAAUUCCACAUCUCCUCUAAAUGCAUCCAGAGUGGGGAUCACGGUGUACAACCACCCUCUUCAUUUGUCUUCCGAACAGCUUGGGAAACAGACAAUACUUGGCCACGUCGCUGAAGUGGGCAUUGCUAUGGUUGUGCUCAUGGGCUUGGCGUUCAUUCCAUCACGAGUCAUUGUGUACGUCGUGAAUGAACGCAUACGCGAUGAGAAACAAGUUCAAAGCAUCUCUGGAGUGGGAACGCUGCUGUACUGGACAACUACGUUCAUUUGGGACAUGGGAAUUGUUCUUGCGACAGUUGCCCUCUCUGCUCUCAUCAUCAUUGCUUUCGGGCUCCCUGUCUAUGUCAGCAAGCUCAACUUCCCGGCCGUGCUGCUGCUCAUGGUUCUAUUUGGGUGGGGAACCACUCCUCUCAUGUACUGCUUGUCACGGUUGUUCAAGGAAGCAAGCAUCUCUUUUGUGGUGCUGUACUGCGUCAACUUGUUCAUCGGCCUCAACAUAGCAAUCAUCAUGCUGGUCUUGAACAUGAUCCAGAUAAACUCUGGUAAUCGUCAACUGAUGACUGGACUGCAGAAUGCUGCACUUGUUUUCCCACAGUAUGCCCUGAUAGGUGGCUUUGUCAGCCUGGCUAAGAAUCACAUUCAGGCUGACAUAUAUGCUCGCUUCGGCCAGGACACCUAUGAAAACCCUUUCAGUAAUGAAGUCCUCAAUUACAACUUUUAUGCCAUGUUCUUGGUUGGAAUAGUCUUUUUUUGCAUCAACCUCUUCCUUGAGUGUCACUUGAAAGCAUCAAAGCGUCCCAGGACUCUAAAGCAGGUCAGGGUGCCUGAGGACACUGAUGUUACAGCGGAAAGAAUGCGUGCAAACAGUGACACUGGCAAGAAUGAUGUGUUGAGAGUGCUGGAUGUUGUAAAGGUUUACCAAGGACGACACAAGGCAGUGGACAAUGUCUCCUUUGGCAUUCCAAAAGGCGAGUGCUUUGGACUUCUUGGUGUAAAUGGAGCUGGAAAGACAACCUUGUUCCGCAUUCUUACUGGACAGCUUCAGCCUACACAUGGCACCACCCUUGUUCAAGACACAAGAUUGGCCAAAGUGUUUGCAAAGGGGACACAAUUAGUGGGCUACUGUCCCCAGGCCGAUGCACUUGAUGACUUACUGUCCCCGAAGGAGCAUCUUAGGAUUUACUGCAUGAUGCGUGGGAUACCAAAGAGUGAGAUCCAGGAGGUUGUUGAGGAAGCCCUCUCGAGGUUCCAGCUUUCUGCCCAUGCUGAUUACAAAGUGGGAACACUCAGCCGUGGCACUCGACGAAAAGUCUGUACAGCCAUCUCUAUGCUUGGAAACCCACAAAUUGUGCUCCUGGAUGAGCCAACAAGUGGAAUGGAUCCUGUUACUCGUAGACUGGUCUGGUCCAAUGUUUCUGAAGCCAUUCGGGAAAAGCGCUCUGUCUUGCUAACAUCACACAGCAUGGCCGAAUGUGACCUACUUUGCUCAAGGCUCGCAAUCAUGGUGAAUGGACAGCUAUGCUGUAUAGGAAGCCCACAGUACCUCAAACAUAAGUUUGGAGCUGGAUUUACUGUCACAAUACGCAUGGCUGAAAAUGUCCAGGACUGGAAGCAAACAAUUAAAUAUCUAAUCACUCACUUCCCCACAGCAUCACUAAAGGCACAGCACUUCAACGUAGUGGAGUUUAGCUUGCCUUCAAAGCAAACAUCACUUUCCUCUGUGUUUAAAUUCCUAGAGAAAAACAGCAGCGAGCUGAGCAUCUUGGACUUUUCGGUGUCUCAAACGACGCUAGACCAGGUCUUCGUGAACUUUGCACGACAACAGUGUGAUGAAUCAGCACAAGUCGAGCAGGAACAGCCAGCUGACACAUCCACCAUUAUAGAAAAAAAUGGAUUUAUCAGCGACGAAGUGCCUGCAGUCACUCUUCACAGAUCCAAUCAGCUGCCCACAGCAGAAAAGCAUAAUUUGAAUAAUGAAGCAACAAAGUUUUGACCGGCGCACACAACAGUGGCAGGUCCCUUGAAUUGCCCGUAGGUCCAAGUAUGAUAACGCUGCCCUUUUCCCAAACUGGAGGAGCGAGCAGCACAUAGGGCAUUCUACAUCAGAUACGCAAGAAUGAAAGGUCUCAUUUUUCUCUUCAUCAUCUGGAAGCGUUUGGUCCAUGACAACCUCUCGCUGCCGAAACUAUACAUUCUCUGCGUCCCAACACAUCAAACACCAUGGAAGCGUGCAGUAUGUUUGACGUUUGAAGUGUGUUGCACCAGCUGCAUCGAGUGCUGCUGAAAACAGUGAACUGUAAAUAAAGUGUGUGUGAAGAAUGA